AUGCCCAACCGUCUCCUCCCCAAACCAAGCAACGGCUUCACCAACCCCGACGACACCAUCAAAGACCUCUUUCUAGGCUGGUACCUCAACUCCAUCUCCAACCUCGUCACAAAGCUCGUCAUCCCCCGCAGCGCCUCCAUCAUCCGUCUCGGCCAGCGCGUCGAGUCUGCUCUUUGCAUUCCAAAAUCCAUCUGGGUUUUCCACCCGCCACCCAUCGAGCCGGGCAUGACGGAUGAAGAGCUCGGACUCGCUGUCGAAGGCUUUGUGUCCUUCGGCACACUUGCUCCGUCGCCUGGGUUUGCGUUGACGAUUUUGAAUUAG